CUUUGGUCAGUAUGAUUAGUACAUGUAUUGAUUGGUACGCAACUGCAAGUGCGCGAUCUGAUGGUCUUCUUCUGCUUUGUGGAGGGAGGGAUGCCAAUAGUGUGCCACUGGCCAGCGCAUAUGGACUUGCCAAGCAUAGAGAUGGGCGCUGGGAAUGGGCCAUUGCUCCUGGUGUGUCACCAUCCUCUAGAUAUCAACAUGCUGCCGUUUUUGUUAAUGCUCGGCUCCAUGUAUCUGGAGGGGCACUUGGUGGUGGACGCAUGGUGGAGGAUUCAUCUAGUAUAGCAGUCCUUGAUACUGCAGCAGGAGUGUGGUGUGACACGAAGUCUGUUGUCACUAGUCCUAGAACUGGCAGAUACAGCGCAGACGCAGCUGGGGGAGAUGCUGCAGUUGAAUUGACCAGACGUUGUAGACAUGCAGCUGCUGCUGUUGGUGACUUGAUAUUUAUUUAUGGUGGUCUGCGUGGUGGGGUAUUGCUAGACGACUUGCUUGUUGCCGAAGACUUUGCCGCUGCUGAAACAACUAGUGCAGCUUCACAUGCAGCUGCUGCAGCUGCUGGGAGGAUAGCAGGAAGGUAUGGGUUUGGUGAUGAAAGAACAAGGCAAACAGACCCUGAGGUAAUUAAUGAUGGCUCAGUUGUACUGGGAACUCCCGUUGCUCCCCCUAUAAAUGGUGAUAUGUAUUCUGAUAUAAGCACUGAAAAUGCGACGCUUCAAGGAUCUCGGAGACUCAUCAAAGGUGUUGAAUAUCUAGUGGAGGCUUCUGCCGCAGAAGCUGAGGCUAUUACUGCUACCCUAGCAGCUGCAAAAGCUCGACAACAAGGUAAUGGAGAAGUUGAACUUCCAGACAGGGAUCGUGGAGCAGAGGCAACGCCAAGUGGAAAACAGGCGCCUACUUUGAUCAAGCCCGAUUCUAUCUUGUCAAAUAAUUCUGUCCCAGCUGGAGUCCGGCUACAUCACCGUGCUGUGGUUGUAGCUGCAGAGUCUGGUGGAGCUCUUGGUGGCAUGGUACGACAGCUUUCGAUUGAUCAGUUUGAAAAUGAAGGCAGGCGAGUCAGUUAUGGAACCCCAGAAAAUGCAACAACAGCGAGAAAACUAUUGGAUCGUCAAAUGUCCAUCAACAGUGUUCCCAAAAAGGUGAUUGCCCAUCUUUUGAAGCCUCGAGGCUGGAAGCCGCCUGUUCGGCGGCAAUUUUUCUUGGACUGCAAUGAGAUGGCUGAUCUUUGUGACAGUGCCGAAAAAAUAUUUGCGAGUGAACCUAGCGUUUUACAGCUUAGGGCUCCUAUUAAGAUAUUUGGUGACCUGCAUGGGCAAUUUGGGGAUCUUAUGCGUCUUUUCGAUGAGUAUGGUUCCCCAUCGACUGCUGGGGAUAUAUCGUAUAUUGACUACCUCUUCUUAGGAGAUUAUGUUGACAGGGGCCAGCACAGUUUGGAAACGAUAACUCUUCUUCUUGCUUUAAAGGUUGAGUAUCCCCUCAAUGUACAUCUAAUUCGUGGGAACCAUGAAGCUGCAGAUAUUAAUGCGCUUUUCGGCUUUCGAAUUGAGUGCAUCGAACGGAUGGGUGAGCGAGAUGGAAUUUGGGCAUGGCAUCGAUUUAAUAGAUUGUUCAACUGGCUUCCUCUGGCAGCAUUAAUCGAGAAAAAGAUAAUCUGUAUGCAUGGUGGUAUUGGAAGGUCAAUUAAUCAUGUUGAACAAAUAGAAAAUAUCCAGCGUCCUAUCACUAUGGAUGCUAAAUCAAUUGUUCUUAUGGAUUUAUUGUGGUCUGACCCAACAGAAAAUGAUAGCGUUGAAGGAUUAAGACCAAAUGCAAGAGGUCCAGGAUUGGUCACUUUUGGGCCUGAUCGUGUGAUGGAAUUCUGCAACAACAAUGAUCUUCAACUGAUAGUCCGAGCGCAUGAAUGUGUGAUGGAUGGAUUUGAACGAUUUGCUCAGGGACAUUUAAUUACACUUUUCUCAGCCACUAAUUACUGUGGUACUGCUAAUAAUGCUGGUGCUAUCUUGGUAUUGGGUAGAGAUCUUGUUGUGGUUCCAAAACUUAUUCACCCGCUGCCGCCAGCAACAUCUCCUGAAACUUCACCUGAGCGGCAUAUAGAGGACACUUGGAUGCAGGAGCUAAAUGCUAACAGACCACCUACACCAACUAGAGGACGUCCUCAAGUUGCCAACGAUCGAGGUUCUCUCGCUUGGAUUAGAAUAUAGUUCGAUUAUUUUGCUAUACUUCCAGGCUCAUGCUUACAUGUAGGAUUUCCAGUGAUAUGUACAUAGCAUGACACCAUUCAGAGAGUUCCACGGAGAUACGUAUCCUCUUGGGAAGUUGGAAGGCUUGAGGCACCUUGGGGAUUCUUCCACAGAAAAGAUGCUUUCAGAGGAUCAGAUUUAGAUAUUGGAAGUUGCAGGCACAUGGAUACAUCAUGAUGCAGAGCAGUUCGGGGUUUCUGAUAGGUGCCCUUUGUACAUUGAGCCACAAGCAGGUAGAAGGAUUUUAUCAUGAUGCAGAGCCAGUUCCUGGUGGUUUUUUUUUUUUGUAUUUUAUUCCUUUUUAAAAGCCAGUUCCGGGUGGGUAGUGCUGGGUUUUUAUUGUAUUUUGUUCCUUGUUAAUCCUACAUAUUUUUUUCCCUCGUUUAGGGUGUAUCAUUUUUGUCUACGGUAGAAGAGGACUCGAGUCGUCCCCCACAUAUGAUUGCUGAGAUUUAUAAUCCUGAAGAUAGCUGUCGUAAUUCAUGUAUCAUAGAGGUGGUUGCUUUGUGUAAUUGUAUUGCUGCCUUGUAAAAUGUUACUUCCACGUGGGCAAGAAAAAGAUACGAAUAGCUGCUCAUCUACUA